AUGGCUGAACACUUUAAAGAAGCGUGCAGAUGUCCGCUUUGCCUGACUUAUCUUGAAAACCCUGUGAAUAUGAGAUGUGGAUAUAUCUGCUGCCUCCGCUGCGUCAGUUCUCUGCUGAAGGAGCCCAGCAGAGUCGGAGUUUUGUGCCCCUCCUGCUCUGAGGUUUCUCAGAAGAACGACAUCCGACCCAAUAGCCAGCUUGGCAGGCUGGUGUCAAAGAUCAAAGACUUGGAGCCCCAGCUGAGAACCGUCCUACAGAUGAACCCACGGGUGCGGAAGUUCCAAGUGGAUAUGACUUUGGAUGUUGACACAGCCAACAACUACCUCAUCAUUUCUGAGGAUCUGAGGCGUGUCCGCUGUGGGUAUUUCGAACAGGAGCGGAAGGCCCAUGCUGUGAGGUUCAACUUCGCCAUUUGUGUCCUCGGUUCCCCUCGGUUCAUCUCUGGCCGCCAUUACUGGGAGGUGGAUGUGGGGACAAGCAAAGAAUGGAAUGUGGGCGUUUGCCAGGAAUCUGUUUGUCGGCAAGGCGAAAUUGUACUGUCUUCAGACCUUGGCUUCUGGACUGUGAGUUCGAGGAGCGAAGACGUCUUCUCUGCCAGCACCGUGCCUUUGACGGUGCUCAUGGUUAACCCCCGCUUACACCGCGUGGGCAUUUUCCUAGACAUGGGUAUGGGUACCAUUUCCUUUUACCACGUUGGCGAUGGGUCCCAUAUUUUUACAUUCCCCAAAAUCUGUCCUGCAGAGCCCCUGCGUCCAUUUUUCGCUCCUGCAAAUCCAGUUAUGGAUGAUGAAAGCUUCCUGAGAAUAUGCCCUGCAAUGGACUCAGGCAUCGCCAGUUCUCCGGUGACUCCUGGGGAAGGCCAGUGA